UUUCACUGUAUGGUGUGGUGUGCGCUAUUCCAUCACGCUUUUGAUACACUACAGAUACGACGCUGUCAGAUCUGACGACAAACCACGUUGUGGACGCAGAAGUGCAAACUGCUCCAUGUGGAGCGCUAUGCACCUCCUGCAACAUUCUGCACAAGAAGGUCAACAUUCUUACACAAAGGGUAGAAGAACUUACCAUCUCCAACAAGAAACUGUCUGAACAGCUGGCAUCACAGAACAAUGUCAACUUGAUGCCAGAGAAGCAGCUGAUAUUUUAUACUGGCAUUUCCAAGGCAAGAUUCUUAGCCUUGCUGGCAGCUAUUGUGGUGUGCCUACCACAGGCACAGAAAAUCCCACAUUCAGCUCAGCUUCUCAUGGUACUUAUGAAGUUGAGACUAGCACUACCGUACCAGGACUUAGCAUACAGGUUUAACGUCCACCGACACACUGUCAGCUCUACAUUCAAGAUCUGGAUCAAGCCACUGGCAAUUCUAUGCAGCCAUCUAGUGAAAUUUCCCAGUCCAAGUGUUGCACAGAGUUGGCUAACAAAGACAGAAAGAAGGAAGUUCCCACGUCUGCGCUGCAUUAUCGACUGCACAGAAGUGAAGGUAUCACGGCCACACAAUCUGGAUACUCAACAAGUUGUGUGGAGCAACUAUAAGCAGACGUCGACACUGAAGUACCUCGUGUGUGUCAACAAUGCGGGAUCAGUUGCAUUUAUUUCAAAGGCAUAUGGAGGUCGUAUAUCGGAUAAGUCCAUCACCCGGAAGAGUGGGUUCCUCGAUCUUCUCAAUGAAAAGGACCAGGUCCUGGCAGACCGAGGAUUCCUUCUGCAUGACGAAUUUGCCCUGAGAAAUGUGGAGCUGAUUACGCCCACAUUCACCAAAAACAAGCAACAGUUGAGUGCCCUUGAAACUACCAAAUCACGGAGAAUAUCCUCAACACGGAUCAUUGUGGAGCGGGCUAUUGGGUACCUGAAGAAGUGGCGUAUCUUGACGGGGACUGUUCCAUACCAACUCUGCCCAAUGUAUGAUGACAUACUUGUUGUGGUGUCAGGACUGACAAAUGUAGCACUACCGAUUGCAAAGAAAGGGUUCGCUGAGUCAGUGAGCACAGAGGAGUCUCCAAGUUAAUGACAAUCUUCUGUGGCUCCUCUGGAAGACCAUCACUGUCGGAUAUGUCAUCACUACUGUCAGAGGCAGCUUCUGGCAUUUCGUUCAUCUCCACUAACGUGAAGUACUGUGCAUCUGGUGCAAUCUGUAAAGGAAUAUUCGGUGUCAGUGAUGAAUUUGGACAGUUCAGCUCUGCAUGUUCCAAGUGAAGUCAUAUUGUGCAAAGCUUACUCUCUUCAGCUCUGCCAGGAACGCAUCAACUGCUGGUUCAGUCUGUUGUGCAGCUUGCAGUGGACGUUUUCUUUGCCUUACUUCUGUCCUCUUAUGGACAAACAACAACUCCUCAGCUGGCACAGGUUGAACCUGAAGGGAAAUACAAUCAUGAAACGUGAGUGUAUCACAUGCAGCAACAGACUGUACAUGUGUGUUACAGCAACAAGAACAUUUUUAGAGCCUGAAGGUUUAGAGAAAAUAUUUUCCCCCAAUUUUGGGUACAAAUCGGGUAAUUAAGUAUGUGCAAUAAAUUUAUGCAAAUAGGUAGGAACCCUUUCAGCAUGCCAGUUUCACGAGGCAACCGGACUCUAGAAUCUGAAGCAAAUUUUACUGCACCCUCAAAAACCAUUAGUGCUGUAGGCUAGUUUUGUACACAUUAUAGAACAGGUAGCACAACCUAUACAUACAUGAUGAUAUCCUACGAGAUAACCUAAACAUGGAGACUAGGAACACAAAAGAAGGACAACUAAAUCAGACCUAUUGGCACAGCUAUAGUCAUGAGGCUAGAGCGAUCCUGGGUGUUGGUAGAUACUAUCGUAAACAAAAAGUUUUUGUGUGCACUAAUAGUUUAUUCAUGAUUUCGAAAAGCUAUCUGUAGUACACGUAUCCGAAAUCAUCAACUGCCUGAGCACGCUUCGGUAUCCUGUAACCCUGCACGUGUCACAUUGGGCUUGUUUAUCCAUGCAUCUCUGUAUCUGUGCAUCGUAAUGUGGAGCUAGUAUACUUUUCGGAUUAAACUGGGAACAAGGUUCACAUCUCCAAGCUGUCCACCAAAGCUAACACAUGUGAAAAGCUAAUGCAAUGUGUCCUUGUUGUCAGUCCUAUAUAAAAAAGUUUCCAUCAUGGCAAGACCAGCCAUGAUGAUAGCGGGAGUGCUAAUAGGAAUCAGCUGUGCAUCAACAAUGUCAUGUUUUUGCAACACACCCAUUAUAGCCACUCAUUGAAAAUGUGCAAACUACUAAUCACUAUGUGUACAUUUAUAGCUCUAUGUGAGAAAUGGACCUCAAGUGAACCUUCAUAAUUUUUGUAUGGUGGUCAUGAUACCCUUCUGUUUGGAGUUGUCAACACCUGUGAUAAUUAAGCAUUUUGAAUUACUAUGCGUCAUUUAUUCUCUGUUCUCACGUAGUAUGGUUAGCCUGAGUGAUUAGUAUGGUUCGGUUAGUGAACCAACGGCUUUUGAAUGCCUGUAACAGCUGUUCAGAAUACAACGCAAACGAAGUGCGCAAAUGUAAAUGCACCAUGACUAAUUAUCUAAUUAUGUAUUGCUUAUUAUUCAUACUGUUCAUGUAAUCUCUGGCAAUUGUAGUAGUCCAGAUGGAUGGCACUGACUGUCUCUAUCAUGGUGCCAUUCUGAAGACGCUAGGACCAAUGGGAGUUUCGCUACUAGCUGUACUUUGGGUUAUCAUUAUGUAUUAGUAUCACCAGCUCACUUGCUUCUCAACCAUCCUUUCAUUACCUGCAUAUGGUUUAGCAAAGGGCUAUUUUUCUGUUAGUAAUCAGGUUUUACCCUAAAAUAGUCAUCCUGAAUUCGCAGUGUUAAAUCGGGAGAGAAUCUGGUUAAACUGCAAAACUUCAGGCUCUAACCAUUUGCAGAUGAUUGCUACAAUUCCAAGAACAACUUCUGAUUAUGUUGCUAACUAACGCAUCAUCGCUAUGAAAUCAGAAUGCUAUUACAAUUACUGUUCUAUAUGUAAUGUAGUGUGCCUAGCCAAGACCAGAGACAAAAGCGGUAGAUGGCCGUUCCAGUCCUAGAACAUUUUCAGAGAAUGCCACUUUAUUCUCCUCUCCACGCGUUUGUGCCCCAUCUUCGUCCUCCUUCUAUAUGUAAUAAAGUGCAAAAUACCUUCUUGAGGCAGGGCACAACCCACUGGCAGGCCUGGUCUGUUGGACCACAAGAUUGUGCAGCUUCUACGUGCCACAUUUUUACUGUCAAGCAGAUGGCAGCUACCAUAACUGAAGGUUUCUUAUUAGUAAAAUUUCACAUGCAAAACAAGUGUCAUCCAGUUAUCUCCGCUGAAACAUUACACUUACCCUGCCAUACAUGUGCAGUAUGCGUCAUGUAUCUUGCCAUAUGCUGUUGCUGCUACCCAGCAGGUGUACGGCUUCUCGGAUCUUUGUGAGGGGCUCACUUCACCUUGCAGAACAACAGUGCCAACUGCUGGACCCGCACUCAGCACGCUGUGCACUUUGCCUGUGCAAAAAGGGGUUUUGAUGAUGUUUGAUGUUUUUUGGCGCAAUAACAUCAGAGAAAGGUUUUGUUACAAAAUUUGUUACAGUAACAUUUACCGACUUAACCUUUAAAAUUGCAAUGUCUUGUUUUUGGAAAACCUGCUGCACACAAAGCCCCUGGACGUACCUGACAUAACAUAGUUGUCGCCCUCAAGGGCUUUAAAAGCCUCGAUAGGCUGGCUGUCAACCCCCAGUUCCUGCAGGAAGUAUGAUUUGAUAUCUGCUUCUGUCAAGAGGGGCCACAUGCAUUUGUCUGCAGUGUACUGAAGUGCACGGAUGUCAUCCAGAUGGAUCCCACUGUAAGAUUUAUCAAUACAAGGUGCUUAGCGUGCCGCAGUAGAGUCACUGUAGUAGAGUUACAAACUAGCUAGCACAUAGAGAAAUGCGACAGGAAUGAUAUACAGUGGUCUUACCUGAGCAGGCAACGGGGAUUACCUCUCUGCAUUGGCUCACUGAAGAGUAGAAAAGUUAAAAAUUAUAUUAUAUAUAUUUUGACCAAUAUUUCCUGACGUAGAUAGGGACUGAAGCGUUGAUUUGAAAGACAGU